AUGCCGCAAGGAGAUUACAUAGAGCUACACAGGAAGAGACAUGGCUAUCGCCAUGAUCACUUCGAGCGCAAGCGCAAGAAGGAGGCUCGUGAAGUUCACAAGCGUUCCCAAAUUGCACAAAAGGCAUUGGGUAUCAAGGGUAAGAUGUUUGCUAAGAAACGUUAUGCCGAGAAGGCCCAAAUGAAGAAAACAUUGUCUAUGCACGAAGAAUCAUCAGCGAGACGUAAGGUUGAUGACGAAGUUCAUGAAGGAGCUGUUCCUGCCUACCUUCUUGAUCGUGAAACAACUACUCGGGCAAAGGUUCUUAGCAACACCAUUAAGCAGAAGAGGAAGGAGAAAGCUGGCAAAUGGGAGGUACCUCUACCCAAGGCGUAUUCACCGACACCUCCUCGGACUAUGUCCGACAAGCCAACAAGCCGGUCUAUAUCCCAAGAGUCUUCGAUCCUUAGCUUCUCGGGACGAAUGGCUUUGGUUUCGCUUGAUUCAAACCAUCUAUAUCGAGCCACAGCUUAUGACGAAGAUUCAGGCAAAACCGAGUUUGGAUGGAACUAA